AUGUCGUACGCCGCUCCAACACAGAACUCUCUGACCGGCAUUCCCAUGGUCGACACAUAUCUCUCCGGGUUUUCGGUCAUUUCAAUGUUCUUUUCGCAAUAUCUCCACAUGGACAUAAGCGCAUACAUAUCCCUGGUCUUUCUCCUGGCCACCGUCGUCGCGACUGUCCGACUGCGCGUUGAAACGGUCAUGGAGAAAUUCAGGGGCUACUUCACAUCGACGAUUGAAGUGCGCAUGGACGACGAAGUAUUCAGCUACCUGAUGUUCUGGAUCUCCCGGCAGCGGUUUUCCCAAAAGUCCACCAGAGUCGUGGCCAGCACAAGAACUAACAGUGGCUACUACUAUUACUCUGAUGACUCUGACGAGGACUCCGACGACUCCGACGACGAUGAAGGCGACAUGGUCAGUGCCUCUAACGAUUUCGAUUCGUACUGGGAGAAGCGUGUGGGCAAGGACAAAUUGAAACCGCUCCGGAUCACCCCUGCCGAAGGCACACACAAUUUCCGCUUCAGAAACUACCGAAUCACAUUCCGACGAGAGCGCGAGGAAAAGCGGCAAUUUGGCUGGGGGAGCCCACCUGAGAAACUAUACAUUAGCUGCUUCGGCCGCAACCCGGACAUUCUGAAAGAUCUCCUGCUUGAAGCGCAAAAGAUGUAUGUUGACCGUGAUGGCGACAGGACAAUUAUUUACCGUGGGCAGAGGAACUCAGAUGCCUGUUUUGACUGGACUCGGUGCAUGGCGCGGUCACCCCGGCCAUUGUCUACUGUCGUGUUGGAUGAGGGACAGAAGAGUGCUUUCAUCUCUGACAUCAAGGAAUACCUGCACCCGUACACUCGACGGUGGUAUUCCAACCGCGGAAUUCCCUAUCGUCGCGGUUACAUGCUCCAUGGCCCGCCUGGGACUGGGAAAUCGAGUCUAUGUUUCGCUGCUGCCGGAACAAUGCACUUGAAAAUCUAUCUGAUUAGUCUCAACUCCAAGACUCUGACCGAAGAUGCCUUGGCAACGCUUUUCCAAAGCCUGCCCCGUCGAUGCAUUGUUCUUUUAGAAGACGUCGACGCCGCUGGUGUUGCGAACAAGCGAAGCAAUUCCACAACUCCGUCUACCGGCACCAACAGCACCAGCACCGAGGCGUCUGCUUCCGCAGAGCAGAAGAAUACUUCAACCCCCGCACCCGAGAGUCCCAGCGAUGGCGACAAAACAGAGAACACAGAUAGCUCCGCUAACCAGGGCGUCUCUCUCUCCGCGCUCCUCAACAUCAUCGACGGUGUAGCCUCUAGCGAAGGGCGGAUCCUGGUCAUGACAACCAACCAUAUCGAGAAACUCGACCCUGCGCUUCUCCGCCCCGGCCGUGUCGAUAUGACAGUUGCGUUUGGCUACUCGGAUCGGGAGACCCUCAAGGAUCUCUUCCUGGCAAUCUACGCCCCAUUAGCAUGCGAGAUUAAAUCCACAUCUGCGAUUUCGCGGGCGGCUGCUGUGAGGGAGCAAGAAAACGGCAAGUUGUCGCUCUUAAAGGGCCAUGCGGGUCGUCGCACACCGUCCACAUCAUCCAAUAUUUCGCAAACAUUCUCUGUUCAGAGUUCAUCGGAAGAGGAAAUCCGUCAGAUGGCCGAGGAAUUUGCGGAUCGGAUUCCGAGCGGCGAGUUCACGCCCGCUGAGAUCCAGGGUUUCCUUCUAUUGCACAAGAAAAGCCCGCAAAACGCGAUUGAGGAAGCCAGCAUGUGGGUUCAGCAGACACGGGAUAAUAAGGCUCAACAGCAGACUAAUGGGGACUGA